CUCCUUUGCUUUUUGUUCAGGUCUUUCAGCAGUUCCUGUAGAUAUUUGUAUGGCUAUUGUCGAAGAAGUGCACGAAGAAUCGGAUGUACUUUCUUCUGUAGAAAACUUGAAGAAGGAAGGCAACACUAAGUUUGGCGAAGGGGACUGGGGUGCCGCAGCGGAAAAGUAUAAAGAAGCAUUGGAGCUAUGCCCUGUUGAAAAUGAUCUGCUUCGAUCUAUUUUAUUUUCAAAUCUCUCAGCAGCCUAUAUAAAACAAGCUCUCUGGGAAGCAGCUGUUGAGGCUGCUACAAAUGCUAUCGAGUCUAACGUGCCUAACGAGAAAGCUCUCGAACGACGUGCCUUCGCUUACUCAAAUAUACCGGAGAAAUAUCAAAAUGCACUUGACGAUUACGAGAAAUUGAAAGAGCAAUUUCCUCAACGAACUCAAUAUGAGGUAAAAAUCCGCGAUUUACGGAAGAAAAUCGAAAUACGAAAUGAAGAGAUGAAAAACGAAAUGAUCGCAAAAUUGAAACAGCUUGGUGAUGUAUGUUUGCGUCCGUUCGGUCUAUCUACUGAUAGUUUUCAACUGACGCCAAAUGCAGAAGGAGGUUAUAGCAUUUCCAUGAAGAAUAGCGGGGAGCAACAAGAAAAACAACAAGAUGCUACAUAGUCUCUUCUACACCCAAAUGAUAAUAACUGCUUGAGCAGCGCACCCACAUGUUCCCUAACAUACUUUGUCAAACUUCUCUACUUCAUCUCGUAAUGCUGGUUGUCCUUUAUUCUACACAUUACCCCUAUAUAAACUAUUUUUACC